AUGAUAUCCAGUCUAAACGUUCGUGUUAAUAGUCCCAUCGAAGGAUUCCUCGGCUACGACAUUCGCGAGCAGCUUACGUUCGACCGUGAGCAAACACUGGCAUCUACAAAAGCCCUCAGUGCAUUCCAGAUGCCAGCCGGAGACCACGAGUUUCUCUUCAGCAUUCCGCUUCCAUCUAAAAUGUUCUCAACGGUGACAAGUUCAAACUACGAAUAUCACAAAUACAAAGUUGAAGUCGUCAUUGAGCGACGUCUCAAAAGUGACUAUGUGGUCUCACAACCGAUACACAUCUACCAGCUUUGCGGACUAGAGCAGAGUUCUCUCAGACCGUUCAGUCCAUUGACUCUUGAAGGUCAAUCCGAUCAGGAUAUUCAAUACUGUAUUUCUCUUGCGGAUCGCAAUAUUCCUUUUGGUUGCACGUUCCCUGUGGAAUGUUGGUUUGCUCCUCUUUCCAAGGAUACCAAACUCAAUGCAGUCACAGUCGAAGUGCAGGAGCAGCAAACUGUGCGUUUGGACGCGACAGCUGCCGAGUCGGUGCGACAAAAUAUACACUUUGUUACUUGCGCGCACAACCAGAGUGUCUUCUCAAAGAAGAUAGACUUUGCCAAUGGAAGCGAACCGAUGGGAGCUGAUUCGAUGGAGACGGAAUGGCGUAUCAACACAUCUGUGUGUUUGCCACGUACUUUGGGUGGUUGUUCGCAGAGUAUCUCUACAAAACACAUCAAGAUCAAACAUUUCCUGGUCAUCAAGGCCGAGUUUUGUAAUGAAGAUGGCCAGAUGACUGCAGAGAUUUCGGAACGCAUUCCCCUUGAGAUCUAUAUGACACCCUGUGUCAUUGGUGAGAAUGGGUUCAUCCAUGGACGGGAUGUCCAACAACUGCAGGGGAACGAUCAUCCUCCACCGGCCUAUAAUGACCACUUGUCCGACCUCAUAAUUUUAACUGCUGCUGAUGUUGACCUUUGUGGGAGUACAAUUGUCACGGAGAUGAACCUUGAGCGCAGUUCAAGCCAAAGUUCUUCUAGCAGUUCCUCCUCUGAUCCUGCACCUUUGUAUGUAUAA